AUGGAGGUUGCCACCGCCGGAGAGGAGGAAAUCGAUUUCUUGUCGGAUCCAGUUGACAGAAUCCGAGUUGGGCAUGUACCUGACGAAAGACCCCCAUGUGCUGCUAGGAUGAGUGCGCUGGAACUAACACUGCGAAGCUAUGCAGAAAACAAAACUGAAACUGUCAUAGUUCCUGCUGUGGGGAGGAACUUUGAUACACUGGGUGAAGCUUAUGAUUACUACAAUCUAUAUUCAUGGGAGGUUGGGUUUGGAGUAAGAUAUGGCAAAAGCCGGCUAAAUGUUGAAAGAACCAAAUGCAUGCAGGAGAUAGUUUGUGGAUGUUCGGGAAUACCAAAGAAGGAUAACAAACGUACAUGCCGAUGUAGAUGCCCUGCUAUGAUACGGCUGCUGCGUUCAGCCGAUAAUGGCUGGUAUAUAAAUGAGUACAGGACAGAUCACAACCAUGCUCUCACUGAAAGAUGUGGUGAGAAAGUUUACUGGCCUUCACACAAGCAUAUUGAUAUAUACACACGUGAUGUGAUUAAACAACUCCGUGAAAACAACAUUAGCGUUGGCAAAGUUUACAAUAUAAUCGGAAGUUUCUUCGGUUCAAUGAGCAAUGUACCGUUCAGCAAAAGAGCUCUCCGAGGGUUGUGUGGCAAGAUCAGUCGUGAACAAGCUGAUAAUGAUGUAAAGAAGACAAUGGAUGUUUUUGCAGAGUUAGGAGCAAAAGAUUCUGGGUUGUACUACAGAGUACAGCCUGACGAAGAAAGCCGCAUACGCAAUCUGUUAUGGUCAACUGGUGCCAGCAGAGCACAGUACUACUACUUUGGAGAUGCAAUAACCUUUGAUACAACUUACCGUACAAACAUGUAUGACAUGCCAUUUGGGCUGUUCGUUGGAGUCAACAAUCACUUCCAGAGUGUGAUCUUUGCUGGUGUGCUGAUCAGGGACGAGACAGAGGAAAGUUUCCAGUGGGUGUUUGCUGAAUUCAUCCGCAUGAUGGGUGGGAAGCAUCCACAAACAAUACUAACCGACCAAUGCAGAGCAAUGGAAUUAGCUAUUGCGAAAGUUAUGCCUGACACAACACAUCGAUGGUGCAAAUGGCAUGUGCUCAAAAAAGCAAAGGAAUAUCUUGGAUCAUAUUACACGAAGCGCAGCAAAUUCAAGUCAGAUUUCCACAAAAUAGUACAGCACAUGUUGACAGUAGACGAAUUUGAAUCGGCAUGGGAGCAGAUGAUUGACACAUAUGGUCUGCAUAAGAACAAUUAUCUCACCCAGAUAUAUGAGACAAGAGAGAAAUGGGCGAAGCCAUAUUUCCAUGGCAAGUUUUGUGCUAAGAUGACCAGUACGCAGCGCAGUGAAAGUGCCAACCACAUGUUGAAGACUUAUGUUCCAGCUAGUUGUCCAAUGCAUCUAUUUGUUCGUCAGUACAUGCGGCUUCUUUUUGAUAGAGAGGCAAGUGAGAACUAUGAAGAGAGGAGGACGAAAAUAGUGUCCCCUGUAAUGAGAAUGAACACACCCUUGGAGCAUCAUGCCAGCAAGGUGUACACUCGAGCUAUAUUUGACAUGUUUGGCCAAAUCACAUAUGAAGCAUCACAGUACAGAGUUGAAGAAGUUGAAAAAGGUAAAACAUGCUUUGUCAGACGAUACCAUCCAGAAAAACAUGAAAUGUGGUGCAGGAUUCUAUAUAAGGUAGAAUUGGUUGAUGAUGGACCACAAGUGUUAUGUGAAUGCGGCAAUUUCGAGCACACUGGCCUGCUCUGCUGCCAUGCUGUCAAGGUACUGGAUUUCAUCGGCAUAGAUCACAUACCAGAGAAGCAUAUUCUCAAACGUUGGACGAAAGAUGCACGAGAUAUACUGCCAGCCCAUCUCUCAUACCUUCAGAAGGAUAGCAUUUCUGUAAAGUCAGUAACAUUCAGACAUUCAAAUCUCUACAACCAUGCACUUGAAGUCGUGAGGUUAGGGGAUGCAAAUCCAGAAGCAUAUGGGAUUGCAAUGGAAAUGCUCAAGAUAACAAUGGAUAAGCUAACUCCUGUAGCUGCUGUCCGUGAUGGCAUGGGAUUGGAGGACAGAACUCAGCGGAUGCAACUUAAAGACAAGGAAGCCGUUCCAGCAAUCGCAUACACGAACGGCAAUACAAGUGAUGCAGAACGCAGUGCUAUCGGUGAUUUUGUAGGGUUGAAAGCACGAGAGCGUAAAAGGAAAGCCGGACGACCUACCAACAGCAGAGAUAAACCUCCAUACGAUGAUCGGGGUGCAAAAAGCAAAAGGUUAAAACAGUGCAAAACCGGUGAAGAUGUUGAGAAGUGCAGCACAAGCAAGCGCACUCGUUUCUGCAGCAUAUGCCGUGAACCUGGACACAAGAGCACAACUUGUCCGCAGAGAGGUGAUCUUCCUCAGAAGGAAAGGAAGGAGGCAAAAUGCUCAAAUUGCGGCGUCGGUGGCCAUAGGAGAAACACCUGCAACAAGCCAAAAGUUGUUCUCCAUAUUGCUGCCAACACUGAUAUAGAUACAAAUAGAAUUAGUGCUUUGGUUUGA